GCCUGCCGGGAGGAGCUGGAGGGACCGACGUCGGAGGCUGCUGCGGGCGGCCCAAAGGGGCCAUGUCGCCCGGGCCCCGGGCCUGCCUCGCUCCGCGCCGAUAUGGUGAACCUGGCGGCUCUGGUGUGGCGCCGGCUCCUGCGGAAGAGGUGGGUGCUCGCUCUGGUCUUCGGCCUCUCGCUCGUCUACUUUCUCACCAGCACCUUGAAGCAGGAGGAACGGGCCGUGAGGGACCGGAGCCUCCUGCAGUUCCGAGACCUGGAGCAACCCAUCCCCUGGAAAGUGCAGUUCAACCUGGGCAACAGCAGCCGUCCCAGCAACCAGUGCCGGAACUCCGUUCAGGGCAAGCACUUUAUCACUGAUGAGCUGGGGUACAUCUGCAAAAGGAAGCACCUGCUGGCCAGUGGCUGCUGUGACGUCCGUGUGCCCAGCACCCGGCAGUACAGUUGUGACGGUUGCUUGCCCAGCGGCUGCUGUGGUACCUACGAGCACUGUGUGUCCUGCUGCCUGCAGCCUGGCAAGCAACUUCUCCUAGAGCGCUUCCUCAACCGGGCGGCAGUGGCCUUCCAGAACCUCUUCAUGGCUGUCGAAGAUCACUUUGAGCUGUGCUUGGCGAAGUGCAGGACCUCAUCCCAGAGUGUGCAACAUGAGAACACGUACCGGGAUCCAGUUGCCAAGUACUGCUACGGGGAGAGCCCUCCAGAGCUGCUCUUGGUGCUUUGUGCAUUUCUGAUGCAUUCCUAGUGCCAGCAGCUAGCCGGAGCAUCCUGCCCACCCACAGUGCCACCAUGUUACUGAGGAGCUGGGAGCAAGUUGUGGCCCCCUCCUCACACCCCCGAGAUAUGAGACAUCAACACAACCCAGCAAACACUCAUCUUGGCCUCCGGGGCGCUGUCCUUCCUGCAGCCUCACACAGUAUCCCCCGGUCCCCCGGCUGACUCAUCUCUGGUCAUCUCCCCGGAGAGCGGCCCAGUUUCAGCUGACCUAGCCUGGCAGGACUCUCAUUGGCCCUGAGUAUGUUUUCUGUCCUGGCGUCCACCAGGGCUGUGGUCUUGUUUGGAAACAGAUGCACAGUGAAGCCGCCCAGCCUCCUCCUGGGUCCCUUUCCCUCCCUCCAAGUCUCUCGACUCCCAGGAUUGGUUGUGGGGUCUAGAAUUAGGGACCCCAGUAUGCCCUGAGCCUAGCCAAACCUUGAUAGUGUUUGGGAUUCUAGGAAAAGAUCAAAGAAGGGA